GUGUCACGCAAGAUUAGCCCAUCCCUAGUUUCGACAGUGCAGUGCAACAAAUAAUAAAUAAAUAAAUAGCCUGCGCAACUCGUUAAACGAAUAAAUUGCACCCCGCAGCGCGUCGAGUGGGUUGGGUACCGAGUCAUCCGAGUUAUCUGCUCCGCUGGUGCGGCUGCCCCAGCGUCCGCCGUAUCAGUCGCUUGCUAGAGCGCUGGAAGAACGGAAGACGGAAGCCACACAAAUAGAGACGCACUUAGAGCGAUCCACUCCGUCCGCUGCUCCGGCAGCCCACGGGCCAUCGGAUUGCCAUGUCCUACUUCACGCACGCAGCCAGCAGCGAUCUGGUCAACCUCAAUGUGGGUGGUCAGCGCUUUUCCACGUCGCGACAAACGCUUACGUGGAUCCCGGACACGUUUUUCACAGCCCUCCUCAGCGGUCGCAUCUCGAGCUUGAGGGACGAGCACAACGCCAUCUUUAUUGACCGCGAUCCUACGCUCUUUUCCAUCAUCCUCAACUACCUGAGGACCAAGGAUAUCGACAUCAAGAACUGCGAGAUCCGCGCACUGCGCCACGAGUCCGAGUACUAUGGCAUCACGCCGUUGACCAAGCGACUGGCACUCUGCGAAGACCUUAAUCACUCGUCCUGUGGCGAUGUGCUCUUUUACGGCUUUCUGGCGGCACCGCCUAUGCCAUCCAACGAAGCUGUGCCAGCUGCAGCCGUCGAUGAGCCACAGCCCUCCACUUCGUCGAAUGCAGGUCCGGCACGUCCCGGAUCCAUGGUGCGGUUCCCGGAACCAUCGCGUACCUCACACUCGCGCAAUUCGUCGUGGGAUCUAGGCCGCCACAAUCGCACUGGCAGCAGUGGCAAUGGUGCCAAUCCGCCGGCUCCCAUGCUGCACUCGCGGAAUCCAUCCAUGGACUUUAUGCGGCACUCGCGGAACUCCUCAGCGGAUUUAAACAAAGUAUUUCGGAACGAAGUGGGUCUGGUGUUUAGUCCCACACAGAACUCUAACUGGGUGGACCCCAUGCGGGUGCAGAUUAUCAAGGCGCAUCAGAACUGGAUAGCAGUGGCCUACGCCCACUUUGUGACCUGCUAUCGCGUCAAAGAUUCCAACGGCUGGCAGCAGGUGUUUACGUCGCCUCACAUCGAUGCCACCAUCGAGAGGAUAGCCAUCAACUCGAAGGUGAACACAUCCACGGCGGAACCAGUGCCCAGCAAAAUGGUGGCUAUCUCGUACGGCAGUCAGAUUCGACUUUGGAGCAUCCAGGAUGGCGGGCAAAAGAAAGACGUGGGCACCUUCAAUCUAAAUGUACGCGUGGAGUAUCUUUUCUUCAUCGGCAGCCAGUUGGUAGCCCUAUCCUCUUCCGGCAAGAUUGGAGUGUGGCACGCCAUGACCCAGCACUGGCAGAUCCAGGACCUGGUGCCGGUGCUCUCCUUCGAUUCGGCAGGCUCGUUUCUUCUGCUGGGCUGCAACAACGGUUCCAUCUACUACAUAGACAUGCAGAAAUUUCCGCUUCGAAUGAAGGAUAAUGAUUUGUUGGUCACCGAGCUGUACAAGGAUGCCACAUUGGACCCCAUCACGGCCAUUUCGGUGUACCUCACCCCGAAAACCUCGAGCAUUAGUGGCAAUUGGAUCGAGAUCGCCUACGGCACCAAGUCGGGAGCGGUGCGGAUUAUUGUCCAGCAUCCAGAGACGGCUGGCCAUGGCCCGCACUUGUUCGAGACCUUCUUCGUGCACCAGAGCCCCGUUACUAAGGUUAUGCUCUCGGAGAAAUACCUUGUUUCGGUGUGCAGCGAAUACCACCAUGUGCGAACGUGGAGUCUGACUCGUUUCCGUGGAAUGCUCUCUACUCAACCGGGCUCCACGCCGGAGGCCUCAUUCAAAAUUGUUUCGCUGGAGGCCACCGACACCAGCUACAGCUAUGCGGCUGGGAACGAUUUCGGUCCCUACGGCGACUACGAGUACAUGAUCUUUGUCCAGAAGGUAGUGCCCGAGACGGAUCAACUGUACGUGCGCUUGGCUUCCAACGGUGAUCGGGUCUGCGUCAUCCGAUCCGUGGACAGCUCGACAAUUUCGGCUUUCUGUGUGCACGAGUGCGAGGUAUCUUCGCGCAUGGGAUCCCGCUUCAUACUCACUGGUCACUGCAACGGCGCAAUCCAGAUGUGGGACCUAACCACAGCGCUGCUCUCCAAGGACGAGCCCCAGCAGAAAACCAACGGCGGACCCGACACCAAUGAGCUUCUCCGCCUACUUGACCAGUGUGAAAUCAGCAAUUCAUCAUGCUCAACACCUUGUAUGUCACCGUGUCUAUCAGCUAUGGGCAACGGCUCUGGAAUGGCCUCCUCCAUAGCCCGCAUGAAGGCCAGUAAUAUAGCCUUGCUUAAUCGGGAGCCAGUUGCGGCUGCCCCGGCGCAGGCGCCUGCCCAGGUGCAAGCUCCUCCAGCGGCGGCAGUGGAGCCGGCUGGAAUCCCGAUGGCUGACGACAACAACGAAUGAGACGUGGAAGCGGCUGCUUGGUCGGCGCUUGUCGGGCGCGUUUCAUUGUUCACAUUUCACAGGUGUAGCUUGAUUUUCGACUACCAAUUUAUAUUCCUGCAGUUCGUGGUGUGCGCCCUGCUCUACGUCUGGGUGACGCGACUGACGCGCGGCACAACACCUGCUCCGUGAUGGACUGCCAGCAGGCAUUUACCCAAUCAGAUAAUCUCCAUUAUAUGUGCUCGAUGUGGUUGCAGAUGCAAUGUGUGUAUCCCCGUUAACCCCAUGUUUGUGUGCCCCAACUUGUGGAUCGUACAGUUAGUAAUCUUUAAAACGCCUUUGUUCUAGUUAAAAUGAUGGAAAUUAGUUAAAACCAUAGUUAAAACAAUGUAAACCAGAGUAUAAGACUUCUGCAACCGAUCUAUAAUUAGCACUACUUUUAAGGGUGCUCCACUGGGACAGAAUCGGAAACCUUAUCAAAUGCUGAUCUGAACAGUGGAUAAGAUAGGUUGCCUAGGACAAAGAAAGUUCAUUGAACAACUAAUUAGUUCUUUGUUCGCUUGUCAACCUUGAAGAUUGUUAUUUGUGAUUUAAAAUUGGCUGAGUAGUUGGUGCGAAUUCGGUGUGCAUGACCGAUUCUGUCCUGGUGGAAACCCUCACAUAAAUAUAUUGAUCCGCCUCGUUGCAACACGUAAACAGCUAUACAUAUGCAAUAAAAAUAAACAUAAUUAUACACCUACUGAUAUCAAAAAUA